UCCGAAGGUAUGUGAUCUGUAUAUAUAUAUUAGAUGGUUUCCAAGUACACAGCUCAACUCUCAUCGCGACCCAGUUUUGGCCAUCUCCUUCAAAAUGCCUGACACUGCAGCCGACCGCGCUUCGCUCGUAAACCGACAAUUACCAGAGAUGGUACUCUCGACAGCCGAGAACCCGCUCACAGCACCAAAUCCUCCCCCAGACAAUCUUUCCCCGGCUCAAAGAGCGCAGUACAGAUUCCAAGUCAAGGGCAAUGCGAUCAUCACUGGCGGCGCAGGCACUCUCGCCCUCGAAGCGGCACAAGCCCUGCUCGAACACGGCGCCUCAGGCUUAGCCCUUUGGGACAUGAAGCCUGAUCAGGCCUUCGAGUCUGUCAAGCUCCUGCACUCCAAGUUCCCCGACCGGCGCAUAAUCACCGAAGCUGUCGAUGUGCGGGACGAAAACGCCAUUGCAUCAGCCAUUGAGAGCACUGUCAAGGUCUUGGGCAGCAUAGACAUACUGUGUUGUUUCGCGGGUGUGGUAGGCUGCACACAUGCUAUAGAAAUGAAGGCCGACGAAUGGCGCCGCACACACGAUAUCAACUUGACAGGCUCAUUCCUUUGCGCGCAAGCCGUAGCACGCCAACUACGCCAUCAGGGGACAGGCGGGAGCAUCGUCUUCACAGCCUCGAUAUCCGCACACCAUACAAAUUACCCACAACCACAAUGCGCAUACAACUCCUCCAAGACCGCUUUAUUGUCGCUGGCCAAGAGCCUGGCCGCCGAAUGGAGCAGUUACGGCAUACGUGUCAACUGUUUGAGCCCGGGCUACAUGAAUACCAUACUAAACGAGGGAGAAGGGCUCCAGAAAGCCCGUGACUCGUGGAAUGCGAGGAAUCCCAUGGGGAGGAUGGGGCACCCGUGGGAGUUGACGGGGCCGCUGGUUACCUUAUGUAGUAAUGCGGGGAGGUAUAUCAAUGGCACGGAUAUCAUCGUCGACGGCGGCGCUAUGGUGUUCUAGGUGGGCGCUAUGGGGAUGGGAGCGUUGACUGACAUGUCUGCUUAAUCAGAUCUGAUUCAGCUGGCUUAGCGAAAAAAUCCAUCAGUUACCCCACAGCUCGCCUCUACGUCUCCCAAUAUGUGCACUAUAGAGAGCAAUCUCGCUGUGCACAACAAUCCUGCAUCGCCAAAAUGCAAUAAGAAGAGGCGCCUACGCACACUCGGGUUUGCAGCCGGACUUGAAGUCGAUCAUAAGAUUUCAAGUGCGGCUGCCCGAUGUAUAUUUACUCAACGCCUUUGUGCGGCUUUAUCAUUCCCGUG